GCACGUGGGCUGGGCAAGGGAUUGCGUCAAGCGCAUAGCUGGUCUGGGCGAGUCGGUGAAGGCCAACCACUUGAUCGAACGCAUCGACGCCAUCGAGCUUCGCAUGGAGCUGAUGACUGAGCUAGCCAAUGUGGACUUCGAUUCGAACAUCAAGAGCAAGCUCUUGGGGAAGAGCUUGUUCUCAUCGAUUCUGGCCUUCUCGAAUGGAGAUACCGACGACGCCUGCAUCAAGGAGAUCGUGGAUACCGUCAUGCCUUUCACGGUUGAGAAGCUGGAUGCGAGCCAGGAGGUGGCCUGCGAUGACGACGGCGACGAGAACAUGGCCCAAUCAACCCCCGAAGAGUUCGACCCCAUGAAGGUUAGCAUGGCGACGAUCGACGGCCCGAUGGAAUCCAAGAUGAUGUUGCUCCUGAGCGUGUUCCUGAAGGAGAUCGUCCCUGCGGCGAUGCAGGUGGACGAGGCUGACCAGGUAGCAGCGUCGCGCCUGUGCGCUGCCAUGCUGAGUCGGUUUGAGGCAGGCGUCGCAGAGAUGGAGGAGACCCCCUCCGCCGCGAGCGACACGUUGGCCGUACUUCGGGUCAUGUGCGCCCUCCGCGACAGCACUGCCGACAUGGACUUCGAUGCCUUGGACGAGUUCUUCAGCCAGCAGCCCAAGAAGACCAAGGGCGCCCUCGCGGACCUGGGAGUGAUCAUCGCUUGA